AUGGCCGUUAGAAGCAAGCACAAGCUGCCGGAUUUGCCGUAUGAUUUCAACGCCCUUGAACCGUACAUAUCUGCUGACAUAAUGAAGAUUCAUUAUGAAAAACACCACCAAGCCUACGUCACUAAUCUUAAUAUUGCAGAAGAGAAACUGGCUGAAGCUCAAGCUAAGGGUGACAUUAAGACUAUAAUAUCUCUGGCCCCUGCACUGAGAUUCAAUGGUGGUGGCCACAUCAACCAUUCAAUUUUCUGGCAGAAUCUUGGCCCUAAAUCUGCAGAGGAGCCCACUGGCGACUUGAAAGCAGCCAUUGACAGAGAUUUUGGAUCUUUUGAUAACCUAAAAACCCAACUUAGCACAGCCAGCGUGGCAGUUCAGGGCUCGGGUUGGGGUUGGUUGGGGUACAACAAACAGUCAGGUAAACUUCAGGUGGCCACCUGUCCUAAUCAAGACCCCUUAGAGCCCACUACUGGAUUGAUCCCAUUGUUUGGGAUCGAUGUGUGGGAGCAUGCUUACUACCUCCAGUACAAAAAUGUCCGACCUGAUUAUGUCAAGGCCAUCUGGAAUGUUGCCAACUGGAAAGAUAUUGCGGAGAGAUUGGCUAAGGCCAAAAAAUGA